UCCCCCAAAAAUGCCAAGGCAGUGGAAAGAAUUCAAAAAGCUUCAUUUUGAAGACAAGAACAUUCAAAAGCAUACAAAGGAAAUUCUGCACCAGCUACAAGAGCACUGGGCCUGAGAAAGUCACUGAUCUCUUCCAGGCUUCUCUAUUAUCGCUGCCCCCCCGGCUCUCUCUGGCCCUGUAGCGUGUCUGUAAGCGUUCCCUCUGUGCUCCCGUUCCAGACAGAGAGGCUGAGGACUUGUCUGGUAAUGGGGGGAGGGAGAAAGCAGCCAAACUGCCUUUGAGAAAGAUGUUCCUUUUAGGCAGAAAAGCCGUCCUAAGGACCUAACUCUGUCUCCUCCUAACAAAAUCUUCUGCAAGCCUUUUCUAUCCUCACAAUCCAACCCAGGCAGUGAGGUCACAGCAGGGCUGUGAGGUCACAGAGCCCCGUGGUCCCACAGCACCACAAGGACCGACCACUCAGUCCCUGACUGCAACUGUUGCAGCAGCAGCGGCGGCGGCGGCAGUGUCAGAUUUGGUGGCGUUUGGACAGUGAUUACUGGACAGUGAUUACUGGACAGUGAUUACUGGACAGAGAUUGUAGAGCAGCGGUGUCAGGACAGGGGUGUCAGGACAGGGGUGUCAGGACAGUGGCAGCAGCAGUAGCUGCCGGCCGGUGUGAGGGCGAGGGGCCAUGGCCCUUGCUCUCCGCCUCUUCCUCCUCCUCCUCCUGGCAGUGGCCCUGCACGCCAGGGCUGCCCAGGCUGCUCCGGUGCCAGCGCGGGGAGCAGAUGAGAACACUGGGAAUGCUUCCCCCUUAGACUGGCUGCGUAAAGUUUUGCAGCCCUUGCAGCCUCCUGCAGGGGUGUCUGCAGGGAGGACUUUUCCAGCUCCUUUUCUGGUUCCUCGGCCCAAACUCCUCUCACAUGGCAGGGGUCCUCCAAGAGGCAAGAGCCAACGUCCAGGAGAGAAAAAGACCCAUGAGUCAAAUGAAGUUCUGAAAGAAAUUAUGAAGGAACUUCAGAAAGGGCGAGAGAUGGACCAAGGGGCUCUGUGGCAGGCGGCGUUCCCCAAAGGAAGCAGUGGCUCCGUGCCAGGCUCUGCUGAGGGCAGGGAGGCGAUGCCAGGCACGGGCACACGGGCCAAGCCUGGGGGUGACGGUGAUGAGGAACCCACAGUGGGGCCCAGGGCUGAGCCUCCGGAAGGUCGUGUGGGGGUGUCCGCAGGGAGGACUUUUCCAGCUCCUCUGCUGAUUCCUCUGAGCAAGACCAUCUCAUAUGGCAUGAAUGCAGCCGGUGCCACAACACGUGCUCCCAAGAUCCAGGAGAGCACUGGAAGAGAUUUCUGUUGGGGAACAGGCUGUUUGAGUGUGAUAGUGGCAAGCGUGUUGGAAGGGCUGCUUGCCAUCAUGUUGUGCUGUGCUGGAAUCUGGUACUGGCGGGUGAGAAAAUGGCUCCUCUCUGCUCCUGCUCCAGCCCAGCCAAACACCUCGGGCAGGAAGAGCUGGACCUCUCAUCUCUGCUCUUCCUGCCCAAAGCCGGCCGUGCUGACGCAGCUGAAGAAUGACCUUCUCACCCUCCUGGUCCAGCUGCCACAAAAAGGAGCCCCUCUGCCCCUGAGCCCUGUGGCCCCACCCUCCAGCCCAGUCUAAAGGUGGUCCUGCCCUGCCAGGGUAGGGAUUUGGGCCACCUUAACGUACAAAUAAAUAGAAAUAAACCCUCA